AUGUUCUCCGGGCAGCCGCCCGGACCCCCGCCGCCCCCGCUGGGACUCCCGGGCCAGCCUUUGCUUCUUCAGGCCGCGCCAGGCGCUCCGAGAUCUUCUCCAAGUACCUUGGUGGAUGAAUUGGAGUCAUCUUUCGAGGCUUGCUUUGCUUCUUUAGUGAGUCAGGACUAUGUCAAUGGCACGGAUCAGGAAGAAAUUCAACCUGGUGUCGAUCAGUGUAUCCAGAAAUUUCUGGAUAGAAAGACAGAGUGUUUUUUCCUACAGAAAAGAUUGCAGUUAUCUGUCCAGAAACCAGAGCAAGUUAUCAAAGAGGAUGUCUCGGAACUAAGCAAUGAGCUACAGCGGAAGGAUGCUCUGGUCCAGAAGCACAUGACCAAGCUGCGGCAUUGGCAACAGGUGCUGGAGGACAUCAGCGCGCAGCACAAAAAGCCAGCCAACGUCCCCCAGGGCUCACUGGCCUACCUGGAGCAGGCGUCCGCUAACAGCUCUGCACCUAUGAAGCAGACCUGAGGAAGAGCCGGCCUGACUGGGAGCCGCUGUGAGUCGGCCUAGGCACAGGGCUUCUGCCAAACAUCGCUCCUUGAGGACACUACAUUUUAGAAGAAUCUUUUGCCAGAGAAUGAGAUGCUUUUACUUUCAUGCUCCCACCUAAAAAUUUCCCCCUAUUUUUAUAAGCUGGUAUUUCUUUAAUACUUUAUAAAAUGCCUGUAUCUUUUGUAAACCAAGUAGAUUUUUUUGUUUGUGGCAAAAUUUAGACUUAG